UCAAAAAUUCAAACUUCGCGCCAUCGUAAUGACAGUAGUAAAGUCGCGCCGGUAAAGCAGAUACCUGCGUCCCUCUUUCAGUCAACACAGCUGCGAAGAUGACGAAAGGUACUUCCAGCUUUGGUAAGCGUCGCAAUAAGACACACACGUUGUGUCGUAGAUGCGGUAGGUCUUCGUACCACAUCCAGAAGUCUCAGUGUGCCCAAUGUGGCUACCCUUCUGCUAAACUACGGUCAUACAACUGGUCUGUCAAAGCCAAAAGGAGGAAGACCACCGGAACUGGCAGACUCCGCCACUUGAAAAUUGUGCGAAGGCGUUUCCGCAAUGGAUUCCGCGAGGGUGGAAAACCAGCCCCCAAGAAAUCCACGUAGUUGUUAUAGCCCGUAACAAUAAAUUUAUCGUAUAAA